AUGACUGAAGUCCAGAACGACGAUCAUAUUUUUCAUAGAACGCUUAAGCAGCAAUGGCAACAGAUUUCUCAUGGUGAGGGCGUCUAUCUAUUCGAUACAGAUGGCAAACGCUACCUCGACGCGUGCGCCGGGGUGCAUGUGGUAAGCAUUGGUCACGGUGUCAAAGAGAUUGCCGAUGUCAUGGGCAAACAAGCGAGCCAAGUCUGUUUCACAUACAGCCGCUUCCUCACACAAGCCCAGAUCGAUCUCGCGCAAAAAAUCGACGACAUGGCACCGGAGGGACUCUCGAAAGUGUUCUUCGUCUCCGGCGGUUCUGAGGCCACAGAGUCCGCCAUGAAGAUGGCGCGAAAAUAUCAUCUCGAAACUGGUAACCCUAAAAAGUAUAAGGUGAUUUCGCGAUGGCAAAGCUGGCACGGCAAUACAAUCGGCGCGCUGUCAAUGUCCGGACGCACCUCUUGGCGGGACGACUAUGUUCCCUAUCUGCUCGAUUUUCCGCACAUUCCAGCUCCUUACUGCUAUCGAUGUCCUUACGGACAAGAAUAUCCUGACUGCCAUCUCACUUGUGCGAACGAACUUGAGCGUGUGAUUCAUCAAGAAGGCAGUGAGUAUAUCUCCGCAUUUAUCGCUGAACCGAUCCUCGGCACGUCAGCAGCGGGAGUAGCACCUCCACCGGACUACUACCCCACCAUUCGGGAGAUUUGUGAUCGGCACGACAUCCUGAUGAUCACAGACGAGGUGGUAACCGGAUUCGGGCGCACCGGCGUCAACUUUGCCAUCGAGCAUUGGGAUGUCGUUCCUGAUAUCAUGACUACAGGGAAAGGAUUAAGCAGCGGCUAUACCCCUAUUGCUGCAACAAUCGCCCAUGAAAAAGUCUACGACGCCAUCUAUAAGAAGUCAAGCAGCUUUACGCAUGGACAUACUUACGGCGGGAAUCCCCUUUCAUGUGCCACCGCGCUUGCUGUGCAGAACUAUAUUGAGAAGCACGAUCUUGUCACACAGUGUGCACGGAUGGGGGACCUGAUGCUUGAAAAACUGAAGCCCCUUCAAGAAUCACCAAUUGUUGGAAAUAUCCGUGGUAAAGGGUUGCUGAUUGGCAUCGAAUUUGUUGCCGACAAAGAGAAAGGAACGCCAUUUGAUGUUUCAAAAGGCGUGACCUCAGCCGUUGUAGAUCUGACUUUUGAUAAAGGGGUUCUGAUAAUGCCCGGCGCACCCGGACUCAUUGACGGCGUAGCUGGCGAUCACAUCGCCAUCAGUCCUCCGUUCACAAUCAACGAGUCGCAAGUCCUCGAAACUGUUGAUGCGCUGACGGAGACGAUUGACGAGGUUGCAAAAGGCUUGGGGUAUUAA